AUGGAGGCCGGACUCUUCCCAGGGCUCGUCUAUUUCUUGACCUUUUGGUAUCGGAACUCGGAGCGCUCCUUACGAGUGGCCCUGAUCCUGGCAUCGGCCACUUUAGCAGGCGCCUUCGGAGGCGCCAUUGCCUACGGCGUGGGACAUAUGAACCAAGUCCACGGCCUGUCAGCAUGGCGCUGGCUAUUCAUCAUCGAGGGUGCUCCAUCCUGCGCAUCGGCCUUCCUCGUUUGGUUUCUUCUUCCUGAUUAUCCAGAGUCGGCGUCAUGGCUCACCCCCGAGGAGAAAGAUCUAGCAGCACAACGGCUCCAGCUUGAAGGUUCCCAGGGGAAAGCACAGGCGAUGACAUGGGAGGAAGCGAAGGGGGUAUUGACAGAUUGGCGCCUCUACGCCCAUUACGCAGUGUAUUUCGGUAUAUCAGCCCCCUUUUCCAGUCUGUCGCUCUUCUCUCCGGCCAUCACCAGUGGCCUCGGCUAUGCGAAUCUGCGCGCUCAACUCAUGACCGUCCCGCCGUGGGCGGUAGCAUAUGUAGUAACCACCGCCGUCGCUUGGUCUGCGGAUUACUUCAACAGUCGGGGUCUACAUUCAGCUAUCUUCUCCUUCAUCGGAGCCAUGGGUUUUCUAGCCUCUGCCGUGCUCCCGGCAGACGCCUACCUGCACCGAUACGGUUGUCUCAUCGUAGCGACCAGCGGCGCAUUUGCCUGCAUCCCGCCUCUACUAGGCUGGCUCUCCGCCAAUAUCCGGUCCACCGCGGGAACAGGACUCGCAAUUGCUCUCAAUGUAUCCUUCGGGGCACCGGGACAGAUCGUCGGCGUGUGGAUCUACAAAUCCAACGAAGCGAAACGAGGCUAUCCGACCGGGCAUUGGACCAAUGCGGCGUUGCUCCUUGCGGUGUGCGUGGGGUGUCUUGCGUUGCGACUUUAUUAUGCAUGGAGAAACAAGCGGAUUGUGGUAGGGGAGAAGUUUGCGUAUUAG